UAUAUAGCCUUCAGGUGACUUCACAGAGAAGCUUUUCUCUAGUUGCCCAGUUCUAGAGGACUUAACUAUUGAGGGAUCUGCAGAUGAAAAUAUAUUCACUAUUUCCUGUCCACUUUUGAAGAGAUUGACAGUACGGCUAGAAGCGGAUUGUGGGAUAUUGGUAUGGAAAUUGGUAAUUAAUCCCCCAAAUCUCAGAGACUUAUUUCUUAUUAAUAUGUUCACAACGGAAUACAUUGUGGAGAAUCUGGGAUCAGUAGUUACAGCAGAAUUGAGAAUGGGAUGUUGCGCUACUGCUGAAUUAUUUCAUAGUCGUGCAGUUAGAUUUCUCUGGGAGCUUGGCAUCGUGAAAUCCUCAUCGAUGGAUGAAUUUUUCAUAGCUGUACCUAGAUCUGCCCGGUGCCUUCAUCUGCCUACUUUCAGUAACCUCACCAGUCUAGAGCUGUGCGUAAAUUACUACACUGAUCAGGGAAUGAUAGCUUAUCUUCUUAAUAUCUGUCCAAACCUAAAAUGUCUACUAAUUCGUGAGGUAGAGGGUUACAAUGAACAGUAUUUGGUAGUUUCUGCUGCUUGAAAUUUUUUUAUAGUU